CUUUAUUGCUGAUUCUUUCUCUGGAUUGCUUAACCUGUGGAGUGGUGUAAGAGCUUCAAGAUGGUUCGUGCUAAGUGCUGGACACUGAAGAAGCACUUUAAAGGUCCACCAACCAAAAGUGACUUUGAGAUAAAGGAAGUUGAGCUACCAGCCUUAAAAAAUGGAGAGGUCCUGCUUGAAGCUUUGUUCCUCAGUGUGGACCCCUACAUGAGAGUUUCUGUGAGGAAAUACUUAAAGGAGGGCGAUACAAUUAUGGGAAGCCAAGUUGCCAGAGUUGUGGAAAGUAAGAACCCAACUUUUCCAGUCGGUAGUACUGUGGUAGCCAAUUCGGGAUGGACAACCCACUCCAUCUCUGAUGGAAAAAACCUAGAGAAGUUGCCUGCUGGGUGGCCUGACACAUUACCUUUAUCUUUAGCUCUGGGGACCAUUGGCAUGACAGGCUUAACAGCCUACUUUGGUCUCCUUGACAUCUGUGCUCUGAAGGAGGGAGAAACGGUGAUGGUCAAUGCAGCAUCAGGAGCAGUGGGCUCCGUGGUGGGACAGAUUGCUAAAAUCAAAGGAUGCAGAGUAGUUGGCUCUGCUGGCUCAGAUGAAAAGGUUGCAAUGCUUGAAAAACUUGGUUUUGAUUAUGCCUUUAACUAUAAAAAAGUAGGAUCUUUAGAAGAAACACUGAAGAAAGCUUCUCCAAAUGGCUAUGACUGCUACUUUGACAACGUUGGUGGAGCAUUUACAAAUGCAGUUAUCCCCCAGAUGAACAAAUAUGGGAGAAUUGCCGUGUGUGGGGCCAUUUCCACAUACAAUAGUGAAGAGCCUCAACAAGGAAUCUAUAUUCAAGCUCCCUUUAUCUAUCAAGAACUACGCAUGGAAGGAUUUAUUGUCCAUCGCUGGCAAGGAGACAUCCGUCAGAAAGGUCUAACAGACUUGAUGAAAUGGGUCCAAGAGGGCAAAAUCAAGUAUCAAGAACACAUCAGCGAAGGUUUUGAAAACAUGCCAACGGCAUUCAUAGGAAUGUUAAAUGGAGAGAAUGUGGGGAAAACAUUAGUGAAAGCAUGAGGGAUCCAAGAGUACAUCACAGUGGAAAUCCAGAGAAUGUAUUAAUGUAUUUAUUUCAAGUUUCCUUAAAACAUGUGGAAAGGAAGCCUAUUAUCUUAAAAUACUAAGAAACACCAACUGCAAUUAA